CGACGAGCUUGACGGCGCGGUCUCUUUCCGCCCUGCACCCAUCUACCAUCAUAGUAGCUACUAUCCCGAAAGAUGGAGGUUGAGAAGCCGAGGAACAAGAGGGUGCUGUCGACGACCAGGGAGGCCGCCAGUCCCGAGCAGAGGUCCCCAACCCACCUCCACCCUCAAGCCGUCAAGAGGCAAGUCGUCACCACUCUCGAUCUCCAUGGCAACUACAGGUACGCACGUCAGCACACACACAGCGACCAACCGUCACACCGUCAGAUCUGUUUUCGUGUGUGUGUGUGUGUGUUUCCGUUAGGGUCGGCGCCCUGCAGAGGGGUUUCGUGACGACGCAGGAGCCCGUCCCCAUGGACACUUGCGAGAUUGGCCAUAGCCACAGUGCGCCGCCCACAGCGAGAUAGGCUGCUGUGAUCAUGGGUGGGGCUGAUGAGGCACGGCGGCGGGCGCAUUACAUUGGGAUGUGUACCAUUUUUCCUCCGCCCCUCGAGCCAACGGAAGGGCGUCGAGCGAAGCAUUGCUGAUUUGCUGGUCGAUGAGAAAGAGAUUGGGCGAGGGGUGAACUGUUCUCUCUUCUCUUGUAUGCGAGUUCGUCUGUGUGCGGGUGAGGUCAUUCGCUGUCGUUUGUUCGGGCGGCGUCACCUCUCGCUGGUUUGCAUGGCUUGCUGUGUGUGCUUUUAGUCCUCAUGAAGGAUGGUUUGAAUGGAUGGAUGGAUGGAUGGCUGUCGAUGGCUGCAUGGAAGGAGAGCAGCGAGAUCGGGGAGCAAUGAUGUGACGUCGUUCGUGUCUGUUGUGGAUGUCACUCACUCACUCGCCGGUCGUGUGAUAUGUCAAAUCACGCGGCUACCGUUUUCCGUCAUUGCCGCGUCGAGUGUGGCUGAGACGAGAGAGAGAGAGAGCAAA